CGCAGGUAGGAGGCGAGGAAUGCCCGGGUUUAGAAGGUUGGAUCCACGCCAGGCCUGUGGCCUUCGGCCCCCAGGCCACCAGGCGCCGCGCUCUGGCGGGAAGACAGAUCACCAGGGUAGGCUGUAGCUGUAGCUCGGCCAUGGGCUCCGGUGGCUCCAGCGCCGCGCAGAUCCCCGACGCGGACAACAUUCGGCGGGAGACGGGCUUCUCGCAGGCCACUUUGCUCCGUCUCUACCACCGGUUUCGGGCCCUGGACAGGAACAAGAAAGGUUACCUUAGCCGCGUGGACCUGCAGCAGAUCGGGGCGCUGGCUGUGAACCCCCUGGGGGAUCGCAUUAUAGACAGCUUCUUCUCUGAUGGGAGCCUGCGAGUGGAUUUCCCAGACUUUGUGAGAGUCCUGGCUCACUUCCGACCUGUAGAUGAGGACACAGGAACCCGGGACCCCAAUGAACCUGAACCCCUCAACAGCAGAAUGAACAAACUUCGCUUUGCAUUUCAGUUGUAUGAUCUGGAUCGAGAUGGAAAGAUUUCCAGGCACGAGAUGCUACAGGUACUCCGGCUGAUGGUUGGGGUACAGGUGACAGAAGAGCAGUUGGAGAGCAUUGCUGACCGCACAGUGCAGGAGGCUGAUGAAGAUGGAGAUGGGGCUGUGUCUUUCCCAGAGUUCACCAAGUCCUUGGAGAAGAUGAACAUUGAGCAGAAGAUGAGCAUCCGGAUCCUGAAGUGACCUUCAUUGUGCAUCUGGCCAGCUUGAAAAAAGCAGUUCUGCCUGGGGUUCAACCUUAGCGUCCAUGAAGGGAUGGGCUCCAAUAAACUGUAAUUUUACGUGUACAUUUAGGGUCAAGGAGGCAAAGCUGGAUGGGCGUUUACUAAAGUCUAACUCAUUUGAUUCUGGAUCUGCAAAUCAGCCAAUAAUCUUAGCUGCAAGUGACUGAAAUGCCAAAUCAAAGGGACUUCACUUAAAAAGGGACUUGUUGGACUCAUAAAAUUGUGGAAGUGUCUUCAGGCACAGCUGAAUCCAAGAGCUCUGAUGAUGCUAUCUGGACUUAGUUAUUCUCCAUCUGUCAGAUUAUUUUUUGUAUGUGUUGGCUUCAUUCUAGGAAGGGUCUUUACUUAUGGUGGAGGAUGGCCACUACUUGCUCCAGGCUUCCUCAGUAACCCAGUGGGAACAGAUUUUCUUUUUCAAUAAUUUCAAGCAAAGAGUGUCAUCAGCUCACUGGGGCCUUGUCCCUACUUCAGGGGAAGGGAAUAUUCUGAUUAGCCAGGUGUGUGUCAUGUGCUAACUGCUAUAGCCAAGAAAUAGGUACUGAGGACUCAGGAUGGGCUAAGGGAUGUUUACUUAAACUUUAAGCCUUAAAGGACAACGAAGUGCUAUUAUCAGAAGAAGAGGGAUGAUGUUGGUCAGACAAAAUCAGAUAUCCAUUACUGUUAAGUUGACCAAAUGCAUGGAUUCAUGAAGUCCUCUUAAAUGGGUUUUCACUUGAUCCCAUGGGUGUAUGCUGGUGUGAUUUAGGUGGAGGGUGGGGGAGAGGUGAUAUUAAAAUAAUAAAUAAGACAUGCCUUUCUAUAAUAUGAAAUAGUUCAAAGUUUUGGAGAGUAAUUUCAUUUUUUUAGUGGUAAGAUUUUUUUUAAUGAUGACACAUCACAGGAAGUGUGAAAGUCACAUAAAAGCAUGAGAUCCUAGGUCUGGAGCAAAGCACUUGGGCUGUACCUGUGGGAGAUGUGUCGGUGCCCUGUCCAAGUCCUCUCGCAGAACUGUGCUGGAGUUGUAGCAAUAGAUGAGAGCCAACUGUGCUCAUAUUUUCCUAACUCUGCCUUCAGUGAUGUCACACUGGCACCUUGAAAUUGGCUGUUGUAAGAAUAUAUACACCAGAAGCUCUGACAAAUGCAAUAGGCAGGGCUUUUCCAAAUAGGAGAGCUGUUGUCAAACCUUUAUUUGCACACUGGUUGUCAGGCAUCACUAUGACCAUUUACUCAUAUGCCAGUGGUUCCUGACCCCCAGCUGUAAUGAGGUAUAAUUGGCAUACAAAAAAUGUACAUAAUUAGUAUAUACAAUUUGAUCCCGGGCUGGUAUGGCUCAGUGGAUUGAGCACGGGCUGUGAACCAAAGUGUCACUGGUUUGAUUUCCAGUCAGGGCACAUGUCUGGGUUGUGGGCCAGGUCCCCAGUUCAUGGUGCUCAAGAGGCAAUCGCACAUUGAUGUUUCUCUCCCUCUCUUUCUCCCUCCCUUCCCCUCUCUAAAAAUAAGUAAGUAAAUUUUAAAAAAAACUGCACAUAAUUAAUAUAUACAAUUUGAUGAGUUUGUACAUAAUUAAGGUAGUAAACAUGUCCAUCGUUGCCAAAAAUUUAUUUCUUUGUUUUUUAAAAAUAGUUUUUAUUUAUUUAUUUUUAAAGAGAGGGGCCAGGAGAGAGGAAGAGAGGGAGUGAAACAUUGAUGCAUGAGAGAAACAUUCACUGGUUGCCUCUCACAUACACCCCAACUAGGGACUGGGUCCACAACCCAGUCUUGUACCCUGCCCUGGAAUCUAACUGGUGACCUUUUGCUUUGCAGGAUGACACUCAACCCAUGAAGCCAUACCAGUCAGGGCUAGUGGUUUUCUUUGUGCUUGUUUGUUGUUUUGUAAGUGUUUAGUAAGCACACUUAACUUGAGAUCUACCUGCUUAACAAAAUAUUUUAUAUUACUUUAUUGUUGUUCAAUUAUAGUUGUCUGCAUUUCCCCCCCUUAACAAAAUUUUAAAGUGCAUAAUACCUUAUUGUUAACUCUAGGCACUAUGUUACACAGCAGACUCUGGAACUUACCUUGUGUAACUAUAAUUUUAUAGUCACUGUACAGCAGUUUCCCAUAUCUUCCUCCCCCAUCCCACAGUAACCACCAUUCUAUUGUCUACUUCAGUGAUUUUCAACCUUUUUCAUCUCUUGGCACACAUAAACUAAUUACUAAAAUUCUGUGGCACACCAAAAUAUAUUUUCACUGAUCUGACAAAAAGUAGGUAUAAUUUUCAUUCAUUUAUACUAGAUGGCUAUUGUUGUGUUGGCUGUUGUCAUUUUUUAUUUGACAACUUAAGGGAAAAAAGGUCAGUGCCCCUGACUAAAUAGUUAGGUAUUGAACGUCUUAAAAAUACUUGCAGCGCACUAGUGUGUCUUUGCAUUAGUGGUUGAAUGCACAAUGGUUGAAAAUUGCUGAUCCAUUUCUAUACAUUUGAUUAUUUCAGUCUCCUCAUACAACAGGAACCGUGCUGUAUUUCUUUCUGUGGCUGCCUCAUUUCACUUAGCAUAAUGCUUCCAGGCCCAUCCAUGUUGUUACAAAGAGUUGGUUUUCUUUCUUAUUAAAGACUGAAUAAUAUUCCAUUGUAUGCAUAUACCACAUAUAUCUGUUGAUGGACAUUUGGGCUGUUUUCAUAUCUUAGUUAUUAUGAAUGAUGCUGCAAUGAACUGUCGUAGACGGCUCUGCCUGGUUCUAGGAAUUGUAUCUCAACCCUCUGUGGCUAAGGGCGAGGGACGACCUUUGGAAUUGGAGCCACAGGAGAUGAAGCUUGUCUCUGGUAGCAAAGCUGCCCCAGUUUCCUCUCCCUGCCCCCAAAGCUUGGUUGGAAGUCAAUGACCAGUAAGACCCCUCACAGCAGGGGUCAACCUGCUAAGCCAGACUCUAUCACUUGGGAGGCCUGUAUGGAAGGACUGGGGGGGGGCUGCAACUAAAACCAAUGGACUCUACUCCCCCUUCCCACUUUGACAAAGCCUGAGUCCCCACGUUCUCUGGGAGAAGUGCUUCCUGGUUCUAAUCCUCUUUAGCCUGAAUACCUGUUGGGGAGGGGUGCAGCUCCUUGUCUGGCCAGAGUGUGGCCCUGGGGGAAAAUUUGGCAGCACAAAGACUUCCUGAUAAACCUGUGAAAUCUGCUCUUCCAGGGGUGCUUUCAUUAAUAUGUUAAGGGUUUUGGCAGGAAACCCUAAAACUUUGUUCCUGACAGACUCUGACUCAUACUAAGCCCUCAGAUUUCUUUGAAAUGUUAUCUAUUGUUUGAUCCUUGCCGCCCUGUAUUCCUGUGUAUUACAACCCAAUAAAAGCCUCUAGAGGAGGGGACUCAACACCUUUUUCCCCUAAGAAACUGGCCACUGCUCAUGGCCUUUUUCAUCUGGGAAAAUGGCCACUUCUCCUCCCCAAG